AUGUCUCUGACUCUAUUUCAUGCUGCAAUAACAGAUAUGACAGUUGGUCAGUCACUAAAUGCGUGUCAAAACGUUUGGUGCUCAAGGUCAUCACGGCGGUGUCAAGGUGAAGUGUGUGAAUUUCACACGUGUGGAGAGCUGCUGGUCGUCUGAGACAUCGUGCCUUGGGCUCUGACUGAGAUAAAGUAUGACACACUUCUGAUAACUUUGACGGCCGUACCUGUCCAUGAAACAAAAAAGGCUACUGCUUUCUCGAAAUGAUUUUGUAUUUAUGAAUAGCCUUCAUACUAAUAUUGUCAGAACCAUGACCAGACAAUAAAUUAACCAGUAUGCUGUUCUUUUCCCCCUAGUGGUCUGUCAUAGCCUAUAGGCUUUUUUGGAUUUUUGUAGACAUUUGGAACUAUAGGUUAGCGUUACCAAUCCCUCAGUUCAAAUCAUGCAAGAAAAACGGGUAGGCAACAGUGUAUGUUGCCGACAAUCAGUUAAAAGCGACGAUAGGGCGUCAUAACAUAACGGAAACAACGUUUUCCUUCGAUAUUUGUACAACCACCUCUCUCUAGCUCGUUCAUGCUUUGCCUCACUCUGUCACUCACCCCCUCUAAAUCGAAGUGUACGUCUUUAACAAGAGGCGUAGCUAUUCGACUCGAGCUGUGUCUGCUAGUCGGUGGGGAGAAAUUUCCGCUUCCUCCACUGACAAAACAUCCACAGCAACUUGGUAAAGGACGUACACCCCCGUGUCCUCCGUUAAGCAGCGGAUCCCUUCGGGCUUUGAAAUCGCAAGACUCAAAGAAAGCUUGGAGCCAAAAGGGAUUGUUAACUUUACAGGUCGUCAUAGACUAGUGUUUUUUUGUUUUUGUGCCGCUGGCAGAUCUACGAGGUUUAAAGAGCGGAGACACGGAGCCCACGAGCACCGCUGGUUUAAACGGACACGCAUACCUCCAGCAUGGAGCGCGGGGGGCUCCCGAAGCCUGGAGGUGUUCCGUCUCCGCAACCCUCCAAGCCGGUUACGAUCACCUCGAAUCGUCCGGUGCAGAUGAACCUGUAUGCAACGUGGGAAGUGGACCGAUCUUCGCCGAGCUGCGUGCCUAGGCUGUUCAACCUGACUCUGAAGAAGCUGGUGAUGCUGAAGGAGUUAGACAAGGACCUGACGUCUGUGGUCAUCGCUGUCAAACUCCAGGGAUCAAAGCGUAUUUUACGCUCCAAUGAGAUCCUGCUGUCUUCGGCUGGGCUAACAGAGACAGACCUGCAGCUCACUUUCUCUCUACAGUACCCCCACUUCCUGAAGCGCGACGCCAACAAGCUGCAGAUCAUGCUACAGCGCCGCAAGCGCUACAAGAACCGCACCAUCCUGGGCUACAAGACACUAGCGCUGGGCCUCAUCAACAUGGCCGAGGUCAGUCAUACCCACUGUAAACAAGAACACAACUUACACUAA